UCAUGGCCGCCAAUGUGAUGCUGGUUGCCGUGGCCGUGGUGGGCUGCUACGGAGUGGUGAAGGAAAACUUGAAGGCUUUGUAUAUGUACGUCGGCCUCUUAAUGAUCAUAGUGCUGCUGGAGAUGCUGAUCUCCAUAUUCGUGGCGCUGCAGAGGUAUGGCCUUCAGUUCAGGAUCACGGAGUGGAUGAGGGAAGACUUCUUCCGAAACGUCACCGAGGGCAGCCAGGUGUACCACGAGACGCUGUGGGAUGAGCUGCAGACUAACUACAAAUGCUGCGGCCUGAACGGCCCCGAAGACUAUCUAGCCAUCAAGAAGCCGGUGAGCGUGUCGUGCUGCGCGCGCGCCUUCCGCGCUAGGACGCCGUUCGCGCAGCAGGAGCUGUACCGGGUGUGCAUGGCAACCGGUGACUAUUACAAGCAGGGUUGCGAAGACGAGAUCCUGGACAUCCUCCGCUCUGACGCCGACUGGCUGCUGGGAGCUGCAGUCUUCAGCUUCUGGGUUGAGGGUGCAGGAAUGCUGUUGACGUCUUGGCUGGUGAAUAACAUCAAAAACUCCGUGCACAUCUACAAGGAAACCGUCCGAUACUGAGGCAUU